AUUGUGAACGAUUUUCCGCCAUCUUUAAGAAUUUUUGUAGUUUCGAAAUUUUCUUUGCAGAAUACAUGAUGUUUCGUGGUUCGCAGAUAUGUUUGUUCGCUUUUCGCAGCGCAAAGCAAACGACAAGAAAGCUAUCUUUGUCAAACCAAAAUAACACUAAAGUUGCUGUUUUGGGAGCUGCGGGUGGUAUUGGGCAACCACUGUCAUUGCUCCUUAAAAUGUCACCUUUGAUUGAUCAACUUUCCUUGUAUGACAUUGUCAAUACUCCAGGUGUUGCUGCUGACCUUAGUCAUAUUGAAUCAAAGGCUCAUGUCACUCACCAUCAAGGCACUGAACAAAUAAAGGAAGCUUUAAAGGAUUGUGAUAUAGUCAGCAUUCCAGCUGGUCUACCAAGAAAACCUGGUAUGACACGAGAUGAUCUCUUUAACACUAAUGCCAACAUAGUUAAAACGCUUGCUGAAGCCUGUGCCAAAUAUUGUCCUAAUGCAAUCCUUACUAUCAUUUCUAAUCCUGUGAAUUCAACAUUGCCAAUUGCAUCGGAAGUGUUCAAGGCUGCUGGAGUGUAUGAUCCAAACAGAUUAUUUGGUGUAACAACAUUGGACAUAGUUCGAGCCAACACGUUUGUUGCAGAGUUAAAAGACCUUGAUAUAAGCAAAGUGAAAGUUCCUGUUGUUGGAGGACACUCCGGUAUCACUAUAUUACCUCUCUUAUCCCAAACGCAACCCAAAACAUCCUUCACUCAGACGGAGAUUGAACAAUUAACUGACAGAAUUCAGAAUGCAGGAACGGAGGUUGUGAAUGCCAAGGCUGGAGCGGGUUCUGCAACACUGUCUAUGGCUUAUGCUGGAGCAAGAUUUGUGUUUUCAAUGCUGAAGGCUUUACGUGGUGACUCUGGUAUCGUUGAAUGUGGUUUUGUAUCAUCUGAUGUUACUGAAGCCAAAUACUUUUCAACGCCUUUAGAAUUGGGGACGAAUGGUUUGGUAAAAAAUCUUGGUCUUGGCGACCUUUCUGACUACGAACAGCAAAAACUUUCCGAGUUGAUGCCAGAGCUUCAGAAAAACAUAAAAAAGGGAGAAGAUUUUGUGGCGAACAAUUAAAACCAUCCUCGAGUAUGCAGAUUAUUUUUCAACCUUCUAAUCUUUGUGUUUAGCAGUCAAAUCAUUCGACUGUUUCAUAUGACAAACUGAAAAUAUUCAUUUGCAUGACCAAGAAUGGCUUUGUUGCCAUAUAUAUAUCGUUAAAUUUUAAAGAAAAUUUAUACUAAUGUGUAA